AAAAAAAAAAGAAGAGUCUGGAACUCGGGUCUAUAGUUUGUUCGAAAAUUCAUCGAAAUUUAUCUUCACAAUAAUAGACGAUACGAGAAGGGUUUAGGGAGGAGUCCUUUUGCUUUGUCUACGCUGCUUCUCUCUUGCUUAAAGCUCUCUCAGCGUCUGCUCUUAUCCAUGGCGUCCUCAUUUGCGUUUCUAUCAAAACCUGUCUUGCUUAACAAGACUAGUUCCCCUUCUCUCCCUCAACAGAGGCUUGCAGGGUUGAGGAGAAAUUCUCUUAGAAUCAAUGCAAUUGCCAAAAAAUGGGAACCCACGAAGGUUGUUCCUCAAGCUGAUAGGGUUCUUAUCCGUCUUGAAGAAUUACCCGAGAAAUCAACUGGUGGAGUUUUGUUGCCUAAAUCAGCUGUGAAAUUUGAACGCUACUUAAUGGGGGAGGUCCUAUCUGUUGGUACUGAGGUUGGGGAAGUGGAGGCUGGAAAGAAGGUUCUUUUCUCAGACAUAAAUGCUUAUGAGGUUGAUUUAGGAACAGAUGCCAAGCACUGCUUUUGCAAAGCUGGGGAUUUACUGGCUGUGGUUGAGUGAAUUUCAGCAGUUGCAGAAGAUUUCCGAAAGAUUAAUUUUCUUUGUUAUGGGGUAGGAUGUUGUUGUCACUUUUAUAUCAAGUUAUAUGGAGUCUUUUGCCUUGUGCAUUGAUUUCUCGAGCAAACUGUACUAUCCGUAAUUCAUAAGAUUGGGGUACAGAACUCGGUUAUUUUGCAUUCUUAACUUCAAUGCUUCUUAACUUCAAUGGGCAAAAGUGAGGGUUUCUACUUGUAGUGACCAAUAAUUUUUUGCAUCAUUAGCGGAUAUGCAAGGAUUUGAUUCUGUUCUUGUUGGAAA